AUGAAAAAUAUUGCUAUCUUCUACUUUCAUAUAAUUUUUUUACUAAGCAUCUCAUAUGCCGUCAAAUAUAUCAAAGGUCCUAAAGGUCCACGAGGCGAUCCUGGGCCACCAGGUAAACCAGGUGUUGUAGGACCUAAAGGUGAACUGAUCUUAAGGAACAGAAAGAAAUAA